UCCGCGCUCCGCCGGGUGCUGUACUGCCACGCCCCCGCGCUCCGGACCUGGGCAAGCAGCGGCCUGCCGGCCGCUCCCGGGGCCACAUGGCUGAGGGGGACUCAGGGAGCGACCAGAGGCAGAGUGAGGAAAUUGAAGCAAUGGCAGCCAUCUAUGGCGAUGAAUGGUGUGUCAUUGAUGACUGUGCCAAAAUAUUUUGUAUUAGAAUUAGCGACGAUAUAGAUGACCCCAAGUGGACACUUUGCUUGCAGGUGAUGCUACCGAAUGAAUACCCAGGUACAGCUCCACCUAUUUAUCAACUGAAUGCUCCGUGGCUUAAAGGGCAAGAACGUGCAGAUUUAUCGAAUAGCCUUGAAGAAAUAUAUAUACAGAAUAUUGGUGAAAGUAUUCUUUACCUGUGGGUGGAGAAAAUAAGAGAUGUUCUAAUACAAAAAUCUCAAAUGACAGAACCAGGCCCGGAUGUAAAGAAGAAAACUGAAGAGGAAGAUGUUGAAUGUGAGGAUGAUCUCAUCUUAGCAUAUCAACCAGAAAAUCCAGUUAAAGCAUUGGAUUUUGCUAUCAGUGAAAAUCGAACAGAAAUAGAAGAAUUACCGCCGAUUGAUCAUGGCAUUCCUAUUACAGACCGAAGAAGUACUUUUCAGGCACACUUGGCACCAGUAGUUUGUCCCAAACAGGUGAAAAUGAUUCUUGCCAGGUUGUAUGAGAAUAAGAAAAUAGCUAGUGCCACCCACAACAUCUAUGCAUACCGAAUAUAUUGUGAGGAUAAACAGACCUUCUUACAGGACUGUGAGGAUGAUGGGGAAACAGCAGCUGGUGGACGUCUUCUCCAUCUCAUGGAGAUUCUGAAUGUGAGAAAUGUCAUGGUGGUAGUAUCACGCUGGUAUGGAGGGAUUCUGCUAGGACCAGAUCGCUUUAAGCAUAUCAACAACUGUGCCAGGAACAUACUGGUAGAGAAGAACUACACAAAUUCACCGGAGGAAUCAUCUAAGGCUUUUGGAAAGAACAAAAAAGUAAGAAAAGACAAGAAGAAGAGUGAGCACUAAUACCUGUUACCUUUGAAUGGUUAUUUUCCCUGUAAUUACAUGCAGAUCUCACAGUCACGAAGGAAUACAUUGUGCAAGAGGAUCCGUUACACUCAAGUCAGCCAGUUCAUCGUGGGCACCAGCAUACUCUUCUUGGGUUAUGAUAUCUGCCAGAAAUAGAGAACUUGUGAUAUAGUCAUGUAUUUCAGACUGUUUGGACGAAUGAAUUAGGAUUUAUUCACCACUUCAUCUAAUUUUAGGAGGGUAAAGUUGCCCAGGGCAGUACUUGAAUUCACUGUCCAUCUCAGUACAUGUCAAGUGCCUUUGUUAGGUUGGGAAGAAAUGUCUCUAGAGGAAUACAGAUACCUGAUUUCUUGUCAUAAGGCUUCUCAUUUUGUUAAAUGAAUAUUGUCUUCUUGUCGUUGUGGCUUAUUGGAAUUGGAGCUCACUGAAGACUGAUCUUGGAGAGUUUCUUGUGAUUUUAGUUCGUAAGUAUAUCACCUUUUGUUUUAUGGUGUUCAUUGCUGAGUGAUGGUUCCGUGAAAACCCAGGAGUGUCCAUCUGUAGUUAUGUGCUGAAGUGGUGAUUCAUCUAACACAUAUGUUAGCCUAAAUGUAUGCCUCAAUUUUUUGCAAAUACGUAACUGUGAAAUUUCAAAAAAUGAUUUCCUAGUUUCUGCUUUUUUUUGUUAAUUCUUAUAGAGUGAAACAGAGUCAGUAGUUUCUUUCCUCCUGACUUUGAAAUGUGUUGGUGUAAUAUUCUGGGUUUCUUUUUAACAAUCCGAAGUACCUUUCUUGUGAUCUUUAUUGAUAAAUUAGAACUGCGGUAAAAGCUCUGCUCUGGUUAAUGGGACGUUUACAGAGUGGGGUGGAGGUGGCAGAACAACUGGUGUCACAUAGGAGAAUGCCCUCUAGUGAGAUAAAUGUGAUGUACACGUUCUGUCUGCACUCCAGCCAGCUUGCGCAAGUCCAUGGCUUUGUGGAGAGAAGGAACAAACCUUCUACUUGGAAAAACAAAGACAAUCCCUCUUUUUUCCAUUCUUACCAAACCUUUCUUUUUAUCAGUGUUUAUAUUCCUUCUUUCAUUGACCUCUAUGAAAGUUAUGCCAUUGACUUCUAGGCAUCUAGACAAUAAAUUUUUUCUUGAGAUAUGACAAUAAAUCGUCAACAGUUUCCUUUCAAAUAUGAUUGCAAAUAAUUAUCAAAAGAUUUUAAUUGAUAAUGGAUUUGCCUGAGAUUCCCUUCCAAAGGGAGGGAACAGAAAUUAGGAGAUAAUUUGAGAUGGUGCUGGAUCCGAGAAAAGUGGACACAAGACAGACGUGUUUUUCUGUUCUCUGACGUUUACACUAGGAUGGAUUCUGAGAAAUAAAAUCUAAAUUAUG